AUCUGUCCCGGUGAGCAGGCAGCCAGCGCGCGGCCGUACCCUGACACAUCCAAGAAGCCGGCGCCGGGGUUGGACGCACGGAUACAAAUGAGCCGCAGCACACCGGUGUCCUGAACCUCUCUGUCUGCUUCCACGCUGUUUCUGCCCGGACUUCAGGAAGAACAUGGUGGCCCAUUGAAACAAAAGAGGAAAAAAAAUAAUAAAAGAUGAGUCAGAAGGACACUUUGCUGCAUCUCUUCGCCGGGGGAUGCAGCGGCACCGUGGGAGCCAUCGUCACCUGCCCGCUGGAGGUGUUAAAGACGCGGUUGCAGUCGUCGGGCCUCACCCUCCGGCCCGUUUUCCAGGUCCAGCUGGGGACGCUGAAUGGCGCCGGGGUUAUCAGACCCGGGACGGUGACCCCUGGGCUGCUGCAGGUGCUCCGAUCGAUCCUUGAAAAGGAGGGACCAAGUUCUCUUUUCCGCGGGCUGGGGCCGAAUCUUGUGGGCGUUGCCCCGUCAAGGGCCAUUUACUUCGCUGCCUAUUCAAAGUCAAAGGAGAUGUUCAAUGGGCUGUUUGUCCCCAACAGCGGACUGGUCCACAUGUCCUCAGCUGGCACUGCAGCUUUUGUUACCAACUCUCUGAUGAACCCCAUCUGGAUGGUGAAGACAAGGAUGCAGCUGGAGAAAAAAGCCAGAGGAGAGAAGAAGAUGAACGCCCUGCAGUGCGCCCGCUACGUUUACAGAACAGAGGGCAUCCGGGGCUUCUACCGCGGCCUGACCGCCUCCUACGCUGGCAUCUCCGAAACCAUGAUCUGCUUCCUCAUCUACGAGACGCUGAAGAAGCACCUCGCCAAGAGCCAGUUCGCCUCCCCGAACGGCGACCGCGAGAAAGGAGCGUCCGACUUCCUGCGGCUCAUGAUGGCGGCGGCUUUUUCAAAGGGCUGCGCGUCCUGCAUAGCUUACCCACACGAAGUCAUCCGGACAAGGCUGCGAGAAGAAGGCAGCAAGUACAAGUACUUCUUCCAGACGGGCAGGUUGAUAGCUGUGGAGGAAGGCUACGCAGCUUUUUACAGAGGACUCAUUCCACAGCUGAUCAGGCAAAUCCCCAACACGGCCAUUGUCCUGUCCACCUACGAACUCAUUGUCCACCUGCUGGGAGAAUCCAAGUGACGCUUGAAAGCCGGGACUUUCCUCACCCACGACGGAUUCCACACACAAAACACGACGACACGCGGGGCGAGAGACUGAAGGAAAACGUAGCAACGUCGGAGCGUUGAAACUGUAGCAUCUUGUUCCGUCAUCCAAAGAGUUGUUGUCCACAUCGUUUAAUUCAGAGCUUGUUAGUUUAUCAGCACAGAGCUUCAGUACUGAAACGCGUACCUGUGGAGGGGUCAUGUUCCUAGAGGACUAGUGUUAAGUUAACUAAAUUAUUUUUGUUUUUUGUAAUUUUGAAGGUGUACGUUUUUUUUUUUUUUUUUUUUUUUUUGUUCUAUCACUGUACCAUAACGAAUGCUGUGAGCAGCUCGACUCGGUUAGUUGAUAUCAUUCAGGAGAAGCGCUGUUCUUUCUUAGUGGCGGCUAACGCAGGCUACCUUGAGAUUUCUGUUUUACAAUCUGUUUUGAAGUUGGUGUUUUGAGCUGAAAAGAGAUUUAUCAUAUUUUUCCAUAAAUGCUCAAUCUACCGAAGCA